AUGACAUUCGGCUACGAUGCAGAUAUCGUUCACGCGCUUACUAUCGCUGGCUCUAAUACAUUGCGCGACCACGGGAAAUCCUUCGCACAUGAGCUUGCGAUGAGACGAAAAAGGACAGGCGCAGAGCAUCGCCCACUCAUAUUUGUCGCGCACAGUCUAGGAGGUCUUGUAAUCGAGCAAGCUCUAUUAGUAUGCCGUGGAGAAGCACAUUCAUAUUUCAAAAGCAUACUCUCGAGUACUUUCGGUAUCUUAUUCAUCGGAACACCACAUGCUGGAUCCGGGAAAGCCGAUCUCAUGAAGCCCCUCGCGAGUCUUGCGAAGGUUUUGCGUGCCUCAAACACCGAGAUUGUCGGUGUCCUGAAACCCGGUUCUGAAAUGCUUGCAAAUCUGCAACAAGAGUUUCAUGGAAUGCUCGAAGACCGUCGGCGAAACGAUAACAACCUGAUAGAAAUAUUCUGUUUCUAUGAAGAGCUGGAGGUUGAGGGAGUCGGCAAGGUGAGUACAGGUUACUUGAAUACUUGUCUGAUAGAAACGAGUCUCACAUUUGGCACAUUUCAGAUUGUUCCGAACUAUUCAGCCAUUUUGAAUAACUACGGAAGUCGUAGUAUUCACGGCAACCAUAUGCAAAUUACACGGUUCAGCGGCAAGACAGAUCAGGGAUAUGUGGCUGUGAGCGAUCAACUCUGGGCAUGGGUUGAAACGAUCGAAUCGCGGUCACUAGAAGAAGGUGCCACAACUGUUCCAAACUAUAGAAAGCAGGGGACCAUUGAAUCAGGUGGCGGUCCUAUCUUUUUGGGAACUGCGACUGCCGGCCGUGAUUUCAAUAUCAGUAAUCGAAGAUAUGCCAGUGAGUACUGA